CUGGUACAGAAAGAUUUGGUACAGGAGAAUAUGAUGAGACAAUGUUGUUCAUUUACUUCACAUGUAUAUCUACUGUCCAGACUACUGAUUGUCUACACUUGAGGGAGCAAUGUAUUCAUGCUGGAAACAGAUGUGAAAGUGUCUGGAAUGUGGUUGAAGAUGCCUGCAAUAUUUCAGGUAAUAGAUGCAAGGCAGAAGACACUGUUGGAUGUAAUAGAGUAAUCCAGAUCCUGGCUGACGAAUACCCAGAAUUUAGAAACUGUGUCUGCACUACAGACGAUAUCUGUAGCAUCACAACUUUACUUGGGAAACUGUGCAGCAUUAAUAAAGACCACCUGGAGUCUUUCUCAAGGUCGGACACUGAACUGAGCAUUGGGCAGCACAGGAACCCUGAAGAGCAAGGGCGCUCCGAGGAGCUGGAGUGCGGCGUUGCGGAGCGGCGCUGCCGGGAGGAGCCGCGCUGCUCCGCCGCGCUCCGCGGCUUCCAGCGGGCGUGCCGGGCAGCUGCCGGCGCCUGCAGCGCCGCGCUGCCUGCGGACUGCGCGCUGGCCUGGAGAGAGCUGAGCAGAACAGCUCUGGGGACGUGCACGUGCUCAGAGCCGCUUCAGGCGAGAUGCAGUCAGAUCUGGAAGGGAAUGUUUAACAACCCUUGCUUACAGUACUCUCAGGAGAACCAAGCCUCAGGAGCUAGUGACAAUGAUGGCAUUGAUGAUGACUAUAAUGCUGAUGUUGACGGUGAGAAAGAUCUGGUUGCUGACACAGAAAAUAUUAGUAUGGAAACAAAAUUACAAUGGGGUUUAUCUACUCUCUCCAAACAAGUGUACACAACAAACAGGAGCUGUUUGGAUGUGAACAGGGAGUGUGUUGAAGAUGAAGUGUGUAACAAACAGUUGUCCCUGUACCUUAAAGUUUGCUUAGUAAAUAAGAAGUGCAACGUGGAAGGAUGUCAAGCAGCCAUAAGGUUCUUCUAUAGAAACAUGCCUUUUGAAGUUGCCCAAAUGAUGAUAUUUUGUGACUGCAUCCAGCAUGAUGAAUCCUGUCACAGAGCCAAAGAACUUCUCCAUGGCAAGCCCUGUGCAGUUACAGUAGUUCCAACCCCAUCAUGUCUGAAUGUAAUCCACAUGUGUGAAGAGAAUGAAUUCUGCAGGAAAAAAUACACAACUUUUCGGUCAAAGUGUUGGAGACGUGUGACAAAAAAAUGUUAUAAUGAUGAAGCUUGUCUUGAAACUUUACUCAAGGAUGAUAUGUCCUGUUCUGCCAACGCUGAUUGCAAAGCAGCCUAUGUCAGCAGCUGGGGCACGAUGCUGCACAUGGAGUGCACCUGCCAAAAUCUGCCUCCUGUGGAGCAGCCUUUGUGUGAGCUCUUCCAUCACAUGCUGCACAGCAAAUCCUGCUUCAGUGACUUACGUCAAAUUUCUAUUCAAAAGAUGGAUUUUCACUGGGUAAAUACAGAAAUGCCAGGGGAAAAGAUUUCCAGGGCACAGCUCCAUUCUUCUGCAAUUAAUGGUGAAACUGUCUACAUUAUUGCUUACUCCUCCUGCAUAGCUCUUAUCCUAGGAAUAGUCCUGUUGACUCUCCUAAAGAUCAGAGCCUGCAGAACAAAAUAUGAGUCAAGAAAUUCCUCGCCAGACCAUUCUUCUGAAACAUUUAUGGCCCAUUAUAAAAGUCACAGAUGAACUACUCUGUUGCUUAUGCUUUUUAAGGCUAUUCCUGAAAGCCAGCCUGUUGUACAUAUGUGAUAAUAAAAUAUAUAUUAGAAAAACUUCUAUAAAUUAUGAAAUUUUGUAGUUAAGCAUGCAAAAUAUUUUUUAUAUUUAUUAGCUUAUUUUUAGCCUUUCAAAGGCUGAAAAGAAGGGGUAAAACUGUGCUCUCUCUUAUUUGUGUAGAUUCACAGAUCUGUCCUCAGCUGUACAUUUCCUACAUUUUUAGAUGCACAUGACACUGGUAUAAAUGCUUUAUCAACAAUGGCAAUCUUUGAAACCCACCCUUUCGGAUCUCAACUCAUGUGGAAGAAAUAAAAAAAAAUCGACUCAGAAACAUUAUAGAGACCUGAUAAAGAGCACAUAUGUGGCAGUUUUGUAUACCUGGCUCUGAGGUACCAAGUACCCAAAGCAGCCGUCACAGCAAAGCUGCCUGUAGUUUGAUGUGUAGGAGGAGAUCAGGAUUACAAUCCCUUAAGAACUAAAAUGACUCUCUGGAAUAGUGCUUUGACUCCAAAAUGUUGUUGCUGAAAAUGUUUUUUAUUUCUCCUCCAAUAUGCUUCUAAAUGAAAUGAGUGGGGUUUGUCACUUUGAAUACAAUAGCUUUAGAAAGCAUUUUUAUGUCUGAAUGCCCAGUGGAGAAAGUCACUUGCUUGGGGCUGAAGUGCCUGCUUCUCCAGAGAGAAGCCAUGACCCAUCUCACCAUCUGUGUUUCCUAUUCAUUGUCUCUAGGCAAGACACGAAGUGCCUAAUUGUCCUCUUGCACUGUACUGGGAGUCAUGGUCCCUAAACACCAUUCUGGAUCCCAUUUUGUGGCUAUGAGCUCUGGAUUUCUCUCUAUAGCUGAGUUGUUUUUCUAGAUUUAAGCUUCUAUGUACUACCAGUGAGUUGUCUUUGUUAAAUCUUUGUAACAAUCUAGUUUUGGUGACCACAAAAUAAUGGACUGCUGUUUCUUAUUCAGCUACUACCAUGAAUAGCACAUGUACUGUCUUGUUAUAAUAGCAUUUGAUUAAUUAAAUUUAUUUUGGAUGUGAUUAGUUUUAAUUUUGUUUGAAUUAUCACUAAAUGUAACUCACCUCCAGUUUUGAUCAUGGGACCCAUGAUUUGGGGCCAUAUCUAGUGCUAGAUGACAGAUCUAGGACUGGAAAUUGAUGUGAUCAGAAAAGCAAAGAUCUCUACUCUUCAAUGGGGCUCUUUCUUCUGGCUUUGGUUGCUUGCAAAAAUAUUACUGUAGAGCAAAAACUUAAGUAUGCAGUUCUGUUGGGGAGAGGCUUAGAAAUCUUAAACAAUUACUUCAACAUGGAUUUUCUCUGUCUUUAUUAUCUGCAUAAACCAAAGAAAGUCCGUUUUGUUUUGCAAUCAAAUGUUCUGUCAUUACUAAAUCAGAAUUUGGACAAAAAUACAGAAAAACAGAGAAGUGAAGUUUGUUAAUCAAAAAGAUCUCCUUCAACAGUUCAGCAAUUUUCAGCAUCUGGCUUAACUCUCACCAAAGUGCUAAAUUCAUAUUCUUCAUUUUAAAACUGUGAAGUUUUAAAACUGAAGAUACUGUUGAGAAUAUGUUAGGAAAAAAAUCAUUCUACAGGAAAUGCAUUUUUCACAGGAAAUCUGUGCUGGUUUUCAGUCUGACUUUGAAAACCAGUGAACUCUCCAUGUUACAAAAUUUGAGGAGACCCAUUUAAAUUCAGAUUUUACUAAACCUCAAUCAACAACAAUAAAAAAUUACCUUCUGUCUUAGAAACUUUUUAUUAAAAUUAGCUUAUAUUUAGACACUAGAAACCCAACUCAAAUAUGUGCUUAGACACACACACACAAACAAGUACAAAAAAUGCAUUUGAAACUGAGAGUAUGUUACUCUGAGAGACACCAAGAUAUUUAAUGACUAUUGUGUUCAUCUGAAAUUUUACAGGCUCUCUCUUUUAAGAGAUGACUUAGAUGCUUAAUGGGAAAAGUACAUUCCCUCCAUUCCACAUGUACAAAGUAGUCUGUCAAUUGUAUCUAAGUGUUAGUUAUUAAAUAAAGGAAUUUCUGCUGGGA